AUGUCCGCCGAUCUCGCCGCGCCACCGGUCCUGUCCACCCCCGAAGACCGCAUUUUCGAAGCCGCCGCCACGCUCGAGGCGCCCUCCUCCCUCAGCGACGACGACCUCCGCGAGAUCUACGAUGUCGAGCGAACAAUAGCGGAGCUGCUGGCCGGCGGCUGGACGCGAAUCGCGCUUCAGUUCCCGGACCACAUGCUCGUCGACGCCCCAAAGGUCUCGGAGAUUCUCGGCAGAGAGCUAGACGCGCGCCGCGGGGAGGACGAGGAGAAGAAGAAGAAGCCGGUCAAGGUCUCGAUCCUCGCGGACACGAGCUACAGCGCCUGCUGCGUGGACGAGAUCGCCGCGGAGCAUGCGGAUGCCCAGGUCGCGGUGCACUACGGCCGGACGUGCCUGAGCCCGACGAGCCGGCUGCCGGUGAUAUACGUCUACACUACGCAUAAGCUGGACCACGGCGCGGUCCUGCAGGAGUUCCGCAAGGAGUUUGGCGACACGGCCAGUAAGGUGGUCGUCAUGGCGGACUUGACCUACCAGAGCCACGUAGAGACAGUCGUGAAGCUGUUGAAGGACAGCGGCUAUCCAGACAUUGUCGCGACGCAGGCGACGAGAAACCCGGCUGGCGUGCUACCGAACAGGCAAAUAGUCGGCACGGAGCUGGACGCCGAGCAACUAAAGGAGUACGCCCUCUUCCACAUCGCAGACCCCCCGCAGUCUCUCCUCCUCGCACUUAGCUCCCGCUUCGCCUCCCUCCACAUUCUCUCCAUCCCGUCCUCGUCGUCCACGGCCUCGACCCUGACCAUCGACAACCCUACGAUCCAGACCGCCGGCCUGCUGCGGCGACGGUUUGCCAAGGUCCUGUCGCUGGCGUCCGCAGGCGUCGUCGGGAUCCUCGUCAACACGCUGUCCGUGUCCGACUUUUUGCCGUCCAUCGACCUUCUGCGCGCCAAGAUCGCCGCGGCCGGCAAGAAGAGCUACACAAUCGUGGUCGGCAAGCUGAACCCGGCCAAGCUGGCCAACUUUGCCGAGGUCGAGGGCUGGGUGGUGGUCGGGUGCUGGGAGAGCGGGCUGGUCGAGGACGACGCGAGCUACUGGCGGCCGGUGGUGACGCCGUUCGAGAUGGAGGUGGCGCUGAUGGACGUGCAGGACCGCGUCUGGGGGGAUGAGUGGUGGGGAGGCAUCGAGAAGCUCAAGGUGGACGAUGAAGAGAAGGAGAAACAGACGGAGGCGAAUGGUGGCCACCCGGCGCAGAAUGGCAACGGCUACGAUGCCGAGGGAGGGGAUGACGAGAUUGACGAGGACGAGUCGAUGCCACCCGAAUAUGACCUCCGGACAGGCCGGCUGAUUAGCCACAGUCGACCGAUGCGCUUAGCAGUGCGCUCAGCGGCUGCCAAUGGUGAGGAGAAGCAGGGAGGCGAGUCUUCAUCGGCAGGAACAGCGCUCAUUUCGAGAGCGGCCGGGGAGAUUGCCAGCAUCAACGGCGUUGCCAGCCCCGGCGCGGAGUAUCUGCGCUCACAAAGAACGUGGCAGGGCCUGGGAACCGACUUUGACCAAGAAGCCAGUACGUUGAUUGAGAAGGGCAGGAGUGGUAUAGCAAGAGGCUACACGGUAGGCGAUGAAGACAAGGAUAAGCAUUAG